AUGUAUCGAUACUACUUAGCAUCAGAUUCUCUGGGUUGUAUACAUUACAUAGACUACGGGAAAAUUAGUAAUCACACCAUCCAUAACCCAGGAAAUGGUGGAAAAGACAAGUUAAUAUGGAAAUAUACUACGUCAUGGGUGUUUAGCGCAAAGUCGUUUGAGAAGUUAUUAGAAAAUGAUAAUGGCCAAACUUCAGCUAGUAUGGACCCGGUGUUUCUUUGGAAGAAGUUGUGGACUGUGAAAGAUAUUGCCCCUAAGGUCCUUGUUUUCAUAUGGAGAUUGGUUUAUAAUGGCUUGGGUUGUCGUGCUGCUAUUGGACGUUUUGCUAGGCACGUUGAUGUAAACUGCUGCUACUGCAUUGAUGAAGAGGAAAGUAUCAACCAUUUAUUUGCUCUAUGUCCUAGAACUAGAGCUAUCUUGUUUGCUUCUGAUCUUAAUUUUAGGUUUGAUUCAAACUCUGCACCUUCAAUUCAGAACUUAAUUGCAGGUUGGCUCAUGGCUAAAGACAACUAUGCGUCCUUUUGCUACGGGGAUAAUGUGUUACGGAGUAUUUGGAAAGCCAGGAACAAGUUGAUUUUUGACAAUAAACCUUCUAGUAUUCAUAAGAUUCUUCAUGAUGCUUGGUUGCUAUUUACUGACUACCACAAGCCCGAUGAUGGGAGGAAUUACAAUAUGCGAGCAAUUAAGUCACUCGUCCACAAUGGAUACCUCCAGAUCCAGGAGUAG